AUGGGGCCCAGAUGUAUAUUCUGGACAGCCACAGUGGCCGUGCUGCUGCUGAUUCGAGCUGCCUCGCGGGAAGUCUCUUGGUUCUGCGGCCGCCUUGAGUACUGGAACCCUGACAACAGGUGCUGCCGGAGCUGCCUGCAGCGCUUUGGUCCUCCUGCCUGUCCUGACUACGAGUUUACAGAAAACUGCGGGCUCAAUGACUUCGGCGACACCGUAGCACACCCUUUCAGGAAGUGUUCUCCUGGGUAUUGUAACCCCAACGGCACAGAGCUGUGUAGUCCCUGUAGCAGCGGAGCCACAACCCCCGCACGUAUGGAGAGCCACAGUAGAACUCAGAAGCAGUGUAGAAAGAAGCCCAUCCCUCCCAAGGAAGUCUGUCCUCUGACAGCUGGAGAAGCAGAGCUCUCUAUCUCCCUGGAUCAGGGACAGACAACCAAGAACAAGGUCUCCAAGCCCGGCUUUGCUCCACCCUCAGUGCUGACCCUCUUCCUGGUGCUCCUGCUCUUGGUAGUGGUCUUGCUCUCUUUGUUCAAGAGAAAAGCCUGCUCCCAUCCAUGUCUCAGCUUGGCUUCUGGAGGCCCCAGCACCUCCGCACACUGGUGUUCUCCAGGCACCCUGGAGGUGUUGGGAAGUAGGAACACCGGCAAGACACCACCACUGCAGCUCUCAAGCUGGGAGCUUCAGGGCCUGACCUCACAGCCCCUGUCUCGCCUCCUGGACGAGCUGGAAGUUCUAGAGGAACUGAUUAUGCUGCUGGACCCUGAGCCUGGGCCUGGCGGGAGCAUGGCUUAUGGUACCACACGACACCUGGCUGCAAGAUAUGGGCUGCCUGCCACCUGGUCUACCUUUGCCUACUCACUGCGGCCCAAUCGCUCACCCCUGAGAGCCCUGAUUGAGAUGGUGGUGGCAAGAGAGCCAUCUGCUACUCUGGGACAGCUUGGCAUACACCUGGCCCAGCUAGGGCGGGCAGACGCACUGCAGGUGCUAUCCAAGCUUGGCUGA